AUGCAGAGGACCAUUCCGUUUACUGACCUGGUUGACGAGGAAUAUGUUGCUUCGUUCGCUAGUGCUGGCUCUUUCGACGGUCCCACUUCACUCGACGAAUUUGCACAGAAGCACUUCAGCGCAUCAAAACCUUUAAAAAAUUCGAUUAGAAAGCUCAACCUACCUGUUAAUCAUCCCGUUAGACGGCAGCUGUGGCCCUAUUUGCUAAGUCGUUGCUAUGGGACUUCACUCAAGAUUCCAACCAAUGAGAACGCGGCGACCCAAUCGGACAACGGGGCCCCAGCUCCCUCGCCGAUUCAACAAUCUCUGCUGGUGGGGUACGAGCUGGCGGACCGACGGCUGCAGUCCACUUACCACCUCAAUAGCCGCGGCAAAGCUAUCCACCUUUCGCUGCUUCACGAGGUAUCUGUCGCGCGUCCGCAGAUUGUGUACGCACCGCAAUCCUGGCCAAUCCUUGCUCUUCUCCUGCACUACCUUCGACCGAGAGAGGCCUUGGCUUGUCUCAACGCCCUCCUCGACCAAUCCGGCAUGAUCUCUCAAUCGAAGGGCGAGUGGCGGGGUCGUUGUCUGGCUCUGGAACAACUCGGCGCUGCGGGAUUCCCGAAAAAGAAGCUUUUCAUGCGACUGCCGCACAAUGAGGCGGCUCGGAACCAAUUAGCCGUCUGGCCAGUUGCUAUCUGGGACUUUCCCUUCGAGUGUCUCGUCCCAAUUCUCGAUUGCUACCUGGUCGAGGGCACGAAGGUUCUCUUUCGCGUGGGACUUGUGCUCUGGAAUUUGGCAAUGAAGGCGACUCCGGAAAAGACGUUGGACGCUGUGGAUGUCGGCGCAUUGCUCAAAUCCGCCGCCUCCAAUUACCCUCCAACCAACGCAAGUGGGCUGCUCAAGAAGGCCUUCAGAAUACGCGGGCUGUCACGGCGCCACAUUACCAGUGCCGUCGAUAAGGCCAUGAACUUCUGUCAAGGUGAGGGGGUGGCUUCUGUACACUUUAAUAUUCCAAACGCUGGUCUGGAAUUGGUGGACUCGCUUGUGGUGCCGUGCGUCCUCCCGGGCCAGCGAACCUACACCGCGUACAGCCAAGUGAAAGCGGAAUUCGCGGCUAAGGGUGAAAUAGCCCGCGCCAGUCUUCGAUCUGCCAAGGCCACCGCCACCGCGUCUAGUCUAGCUACUUCCGACGAAAUCCUUGCCCUCAUAGGUGCGAUUAAGGAUGAGAAUUUAGCCCAGCUUUGCACCCCCACCGUUAUCUUUUCUAGCGAGCACGACGGCGUCAGUCUGCAGACCCUUUUCGGACACUGCGCGGCUCACGCGCGUGCCACGGGUCACCCCGAGACCAUAAUUCUCAUUCGAACAGGUUCUGGUGCGGGUCUCGUCGGGGCCUAUUGUUCGAAACUCUGGGCGGCCGGCAGUGAGUGGUCCUUCUACGGCAACGGCGAUUCGUUCCUGUUUCGGCUUCGACCAAGUCCAGCCGUCUUCUACAAGUGGGAUAGGGAGGCUGGCGUGGAGAAAUUUCAGCGAGCAACGAACACCUUCAUCGAGGUGGGUGGUGGCCUAGAUUCGGGACCAGCGGGACUAAGACUCGACGCGAAUUUGGAACAAGGCGACUCGGGCUGCAGUCCGACUUUCGCAAGUGACUGCCUGAUUACCGCAGACGAGGAUAGGAUCCAGGUGGGAAACGUCAACGGGAAGGUCUUUUGCAGUUUCAAGAUUUCCGCAGUAGAGGUGAUGGGAUUCAUGCCGGUGCCGACGUGA